AUGGACUUUAAUGUGCACAAGAUAUGCCGGGUGUGUCUAGAGGAAGGCGCGCCAAGUCCACUUACUUCCAUUUAUAGCACAGACUUUGCCAUGAUGCCCUCCCAAAUGUUGAUGAUGUGCUCAAAGAUUCGGGUCUAUAAGACAGACGGAUUACCUGCCGGCAUUUGCAACAACUGCCUCUAUAGGCUGGGAGUAGCCUAUCACUUUCAGCAGGAGUGCGAAAACAGCGAUAUGCGUUUGCGUCAAUAUUUGGGCUUGCACGAGUCCUGGCGCCAUGACGCCGCCACAAAUACCGAGCUUGCGGCCAACGAAAUCAAGCCCCUGCCUCCAAAUAUUCAGCUAAACUCUAGCGAUGAAGAGGAGGGCCAAACUGACGUUAAGCGCAGCAAGCGUCGCUCGCGUUACCAGCGUAAGCCGCCCGAAAGUCACAAGAAACGCGGACCCAAGCCAGUGCCCAAGCUGCCGCACACAUGCUAUGUGGCCACAUGUCACAAGAGCUUCAAGUGUGCCGCCCAGCUCACUCAGCAUAUACGGACGCACACCGGCGAAAAGCCAUAUGCGUGCAGCUAUUGUGCCCAGCGUUUUGCCCAGAAGUACAAUCUGAAAGUGCACGAGAGAACGCACACCGGCAAUAAGCCAUUUCAGUGCGAGAUCUGCUCCAAGCAGUUCUCAGCGCUGGGCAACUUUCAGGCGCAUCAGAAGAUUCAUAGCGGCGUACGAGAUCAGAUCUGUUCACUCUGCCAGAAGGCAUUCUACACGGCUGGCGAUCUAUCCAAGCACAUGAUCACGCACACGGGCAUCAAGAAUCACCAUUGUGAUGUUUGCGGCAAGUCAUUUAGCCGACGUCGCGAUAUGCGCGUACACAAACUAAAGUUGCAUCCACUCGAAUCUAGUACGGAGCAUGAAAUUGUCGAUGACGACGAUGACGAGCCCAUUGACACGGAUCCGGUGGGUCUCGAUACCCUGGAGCAUGCGCACUUUAAGUGUCCCGACUGUGAUAAGGCCUACGAUACAGCGGAUAGCUUAAGCCUGCAUUUUCGUACUCACGCGGCGAAUAAUAACAUAUUGAACUUGCCACUACCACCACCGGCACCGCCACCCAUGUCCCACCACUAUCACCACCAUCAUCCGGCUGCAGCACCACCAUCCACAGCAGCUAUGCAUCAUCACGAUGCCCUGCAGCUGCACCAUUUGGCGCCGCCAAAUGCAGCCACCCAAAUGGGCAUGGCGGCAAUGGCACAUAUGCUGGCACCACCUCCGCCGCCACCGCCUACGCCCAGCGACGGUCGCUACACCAUGCUGCAUCACACGGCGGCGCAACGUUUGCACUACUAGAAAUAAAAAUACAUGAUUAAUAUAUAUGUAUAGUAUAAGACCAAUGUCCCGAAAUGUCUAACUUAUAAAGAGGAAACAUGUCCAACAAAAAAAUACAUUUGUAUAUAUGCCUCUUAAAUUGACCUUAGUUAGACGGAGAGGAACUUUUAAACUUGCAGGUAAAGUUAUUGUUAUAAAUAAUUGAUCGCAAAAUCUGGUAUGUCUUUUGUUUCCACUAAGUUAAAUAGUUUUUAAAGGUUAUUUUUUUA